AUGGGCAUUUAUUGCCUUCGUCCUUGCGAAACCUGCUUGUUGGAGCCAGUCGGUCCAGACAUGGGAGCGCCUUGUCGGAUCGCCCAAUAUCCUUGUCCUAACGUUUGCACUAAUGUUUGUCCCAACGUUUGCACCAACACCUGCCAGUGCGGUAUACCGCAGUGCGAGUGCUGCAGAGACAUUGCCACCCCUUGCAAAGUUUGCCCACCGAAGCCAUCACCAGUCUGCUCCUGCCUUGGCGCAUGCGGGUGCGACUGCGAGCUCACCAAGGCGGCCCUUUAUUUCCCCGAAGUCGAAUAUCCAGUGACUGUUUUGGAUGUGAAACCGUCUUAUUAUGGCACGUGUUGGACCUGC